GGCGUCGUCGUUCUGGUCGGAUAGGAUCAGUUCGGCGUUCGGCACCCCUUCGGAUAGUCGUGUUGUUACCGGUGACUUUUAGCGUUUUUGUGGUACAAAGAAAAUGUUGAAAAGGGAACGAUAAAAUAAGUAAAAAAAAAAAAAAUAGAACGAAACUCAGUGAGUGAGACGGAGUAGCCGUACGGUAGGAAAUAACGAAAAGGAAGGAAUAUAAUCGGAAUAAUGGACUCGCCCAUGGAAGCCGGUGGUACUCUGGUGGUUCUCCGUGGCACUAGACUAUCAACGGGUGUCUGUGUAAGGAUGAAUGUUUUAUAAAAGAUUGUGGCAAAGUUUUUCUCCCCGUAACACAAACGUCGUGGCGUAAUAGAUUAUCGUUAACAAAGGCACGAGAUGAUCGAACGCCUCCUCGCUGCUUCUCGUUCUCCCUUUUACUCGGGUGUUAUUGUUGUUGUUGACGAUGUUGGCGGCGGGAAUUUUCGACACGGAUUACGAUAAACGAGACGGGGUAUCGUUCGAACGUCGUUCGUAGUUUGACGGUGAAUUGAGUUCGCGGUUUAAAAAUCGUCAAUUCUUGUUGUCCGAUUAUUUCAUAAAUUGUUCAUUCGGAUCGUCUUCGUUAUUUUCUUCUCUAACUUACCCCUACUAUUACCGACCGGUGAAACGCGACGAUUGCCAACUGAGAUUUUUUAUUGUUAAAAAAAAAGAAAAAAAAGUUUGUUGCUAUUGCAUUGGUAUAAAUGUUUAAAAUGACACCUGAUUGUCAGGAUUUCAUUGCUUCGAGUACGGUGGUAUUAUCGUCAAGACAAUAUUUAACAACGUUUCCAUUUGUGAUCUCGACAAGGUGAUAUUUGAACGUAAAAACUAAAGAAUGGUGUUUUAUAAUUGUGAAUUUUAUUUAUUAUAUCUGUGUUAUUUGCACAAUCAACGAAUACGUCUGCGAGAAUCUAGAUGACUGCUGUUUAAGAAAGGAAUUAGAAAACGAAAAAAAUACAACAACAAAAUCAAAAAAAGACACAACCCUUCUUCACGUCAUGAGAAGGAUAAGUGUGGGCGGCAUGAGCCGACCUUCGAAAGCGGUGGCACAAGUUAAAAAAGUUGCUCCACCAGCUGUGCCGGACGUAUUUCGACACUCCGGUUCGUCAUUCGGAUCGGCCGGUUACGCGAGCAGCGAAGAUGGCUGUUUUUUAUCGGGAAGCGGAGGCGGCGGGGACGACGGCUCCUACGGGAUGCCGGCCGGAAAAAGUCCCGGACCAAUUUUCACCCAUCCCGGAUUCGCUUUUCCUCCCGUCGUUGGAAAAUAUUCUCACGCAGAGGAUCAAGGUAUCGAUAUGACUCAGAGUCCCGGGAGGGAUAGUCCCGGUAGUUCGGGAUCGGGAUCGGGAUCGAGACACUCGACCGCGUCCUUGGACUCCGGGAGAGCUUCCGGUUAUCAUCUCGGUCCCAGGGGACCCGGCGCUCUCGCGUCUUCGCCAAGGUGCUCGAUAAGUUCGCUGGGAAGUCAUCCCGACAGGCCGGCCGAUCUGGACGUGGUUCACGCCUGGCUCACCGAACUCCAGUUCGAAGAAUAUUUCACACUUUUUGCCUCCGCCGGAUACGACCUUGCCACCAUUACUCGUAUGACACCCGAGGAUCUCACGGCUAUCGGUAUCAAGAAACCGAAUCAUAGGAAGAGGAUCAAGGCGGAAAUUGAUAAUUUGAACGUCGGCGACGGUCUGCCGGAACACGUUCCCGGCUCACUGGAGGAAUGGCUAAGACUUUUGAGACUGGAGGAAUACCUGGGCGCCCUUCAACAGCAGGGCAUGAGGUCGGUGGAGGACGUCACCACCCUCACCUGGGAGGAUCUGGAGGACAUCGGUAUCGUCAGACUCGGACACCAGAAACGACUGCUUCUGGCGAUAAAACGGGUGAAGGAUAUUCGCGCGGGUAAACGCAUACAACCCAUCGACCUCGCACGUCUUCCGCCUCACCCGGGACACACGCAGGUAAUUGACGUAGUCAUCCAACGCGGUGUACCGGACCUUCCGUCGCCCGACGAGGAUUGUUCGUCGCCGGUGUUGAGGUCAUUCCAGAGGGGAAACGAGACGAGUUCGACGUCCACGUGGCGGAGCAUGUACGCCGCGAUGCCCACCGCGUUGGAUUACAACGUGGGUAGAGGCGGCGGUCCGCGCGGCAAGUCCCUCGAAAGUCUGGAAGACGCUCCCCUCGGUUAUCCGCCCUCUCCGACCCACGUCCAGCAGCAAACCGCCGCCGAAUGGCGACCCAGAAGCUACGAAGACGGUGAUCUGACACCCACCAACGAGGCCGCGAUCGAAGCCGGCGGCGGCACGCUACCCAGACCUAGACAUUGUCUCGUACGUCCGCGACCGGUGGCCAAGGUCACGGCUACCCCGGGACAGUUCAAGUCGUUGCCCCGAGACUUCGACAACAAGUAUCAACUUACUUACGGACUUGAGAGCAGCCCGCAUUUACCCAAACGCAGACCGCCGUCGCCUCCAAGGAGACAAAGUUCUCGCGACAUCGGUUCCGGGGUCGGUGGAGGGGUGGUCGGGGGCAGCGGAGACGUUGUCAUAGAUUGCAGCGGUCCGGUGCCAACGGCAAGUUGCGACGAUAUGCUACCACCGCCACCGGCACCCGCGCCGACCCAAUCCGCCCAAUCGCAACAAAUCCGACCGCAUUCCUCGAUGUCGAGAUCGUGGGGUAGCGUGGGGGUCAGCGUUAACGAAGAACACGAAUUAAUCGCAUCUCUCGCUUUGCAACAUCGCAACGGAUCUGACGCUAGUUUUAAGUCAAGUUCGAGCACGGAAUCGGACUCUUUGCCAUUUGCGAACGAGAAUGCGGGGACAAUAAAACAGAGGGCAGCUAGAGCACAGGAUUACGCUAGUCCACCGAUGGGCGGAAUGAUGGGACAUCAUCAUACGAAUACGGGAGGAACGGGAGGUAAUCAAGAAACUGGCGACGUUCUCAACGAUAUUGGUAACAUGCUGGCCAAUCUUACUGACGAACUUGACGCCAUGUUAGAAGAAGAGAAGCGUCAAGGUUUGAAUCCCUAAUUACUGCCUUUUUCUCGUCCUGAUAAAAAAAAACAAAAACAAUAAAAGAAAAACUGAAGAAAAUUAAAUAAUAACAAUUAUAAUAAUUAUAAUAACAUUGAUGAAACGGGGAAAACAAAAAAACAAAAAAAAUAAAAUUUAAAUAAAAAUAACAGAGAAUUUCGUAGCGCAAUUUAUUGUUGGCCAUAGCGAUGAGAGAUAAUGAAUUUAAAUAAUAUUUAAUUUGACAGGAAAGAAUGAAAAUAAUAUGAAAUAGAAAAUAAAACAGAUACACGAGACAUUCCUUAUACAAGAAUAAUAAUAAUAAUGAUAAUAAAAAAUAGUUAUAAUAAUAGUAAUAAUUAUUACAAAUACGACUGUGCAGCACGUUAAUAUAAUCGGCGAAAAUAAGAUAAAAGAGACAAAGAUAUACAUAUUUAUAGCGAGAGACAGAGAAGAAAAAAAAAAGGAAACAGGUAGCAGAUAAAUAUCGUUCGUUGUUUCGGUUAUCAGUUAGUUGUCGGUCAAUUUAAGAAGGCACAAAAUAAAAGUAGGGAAAUCAAACGAUGUUCAACAAAAACUCUUAACAAAAUUUCACGAUUGGGAGCGGGUAUUUGUAUGGAUACCAAACAUAAUUUAUCCGGCGGUUAAUAUAAAUUGUACUCGUAUAACGGAAAAAAAGAACAUUGGAAUAUAAAAAAAAUUACUUAUAUUACUGUCGUUUAUUUGAUUGGUAUCGGUAGAAAACUUGAAAAGGACGAAAGAAAAAAUUAACGUGCCGCUGCUCCUCUUGUCGUCUUUCGUACGUGCUCCGAAUAACGAUAAAAUAAAAUAAACUGAAAAUAAUAUGAAAUAAAAUGAAUGAAUAAAUAAUAUAAACGAAUAAAUAAAAUGAAUGAAUAAAUAAAUAAACGAAUAAAUAGAAGCGCACAGUCGUCUCCGAGAAAUGAAAUACGCUGCGCUGUGCCACGACACACUACUUAAGAAUUACUUAAAUCUUGAGAUUAUUCAAUUAAAAAAGAGAGAAAAAAAAAGGAGAGGAAGAAGAAGAAGAACAAUGGGCCUGAUCAGCUCGGGCCAUGGACUUGACUUGUUAACUACUAUAAGUGUAUAGUUAUAUUUAGAUGUUAUCGGCAAGGAGUGAAUCUGAAAGUGACGUUUUUUCUAUUCAUUUCCAAUCGAUUAAUUGAAUAAAAGAAUUAACAAUGAGUUUGUCAUCUUAAUAGAUGACGAUGAAAAUAAGUUUUUCUAUGAACACAUUAUUUUUUCAUAGAAUAUAGAUUAUUAUUUUCGUAUGUAAUAUUUUUUUUUAGUCUUAUAUAUUUACGCAGCUGCAACACUCGCAUUUUAUUAUUUCUUUGAAAGAUUAUGCUUUCCAAAAAUACAAAUUUAUAGAAUGUAAAAAACAAAAAAAAAAGGAAAAUGUAACGUGUCAGGGUUUCUUUUAUUUAAGUUCUUUGCAAAUUGCAUAUUAAUUAUCGUCAAUCUAUAUACAAAUAUGGAAUUUCAGAUUAAUUAUUUACACAGAAUGUACACGUUUUACGUAGAUAUAGACGAGAAACGUGAAAAGAUUUAUCACAUUUAGUUCCUACGUACCUAUUUACAAAAAAAUAUUGAAGAAAUUUCGUGAGAAAAAUUAUUUUAGGUGUAAAAUUGAUUAAUUAAUACUAUUUCUCCUAUUUUUCUAGAACCCCUAAUAUAUCACUCUUUCAUUUAAUGAUGCUUGGAUCAUUCGUAUAUAAUAUAGAUUCGUAGGAAUAUAUUAUUAUUGUUACUGUUACUAUUAUUACUAUUAUUAUUACUAUUAUUAUUAUUAUUGGUAUUAAGUUUUUGACCGGUUGGUCAGCAGCUUCUUUCGAUUAGCACCGAUCAUUGCUUGCCUAUGACGUAUAAAUAUAUUAUAUAUAUGAAUAUAUUAUACUAGUAAUAGUUUUUGUACAAAGGUAUGCGCCAAUCAGUCUCGCUCAGCGAGUCCUGCGUCCGCCUAAGCUGUAUUGUACACCCCCCUUCCAUGUUGGUUUAAUAUGCAUUGAAUAUAACAUUAUAUUAUAAAGACGAUUGAUCUUCGAAUGAAGCCAAUUAAUGAAAA